AGACGGAGUCUUGAGAGAAAAUUUCAAUUCAAUCAUUCUGCCAGUUGGCCACCAACUCAAUUCAAACCCUCACCAUCACCUUCACCAUCUCCGCCCCUUCAUAUUUUCAAACAUCUCCGAUCACACACACACACCGGUCUUCAAAAGCCACCUCAUUCUCUCUCUCUCUCUCUAACAAUCAUAUUUUCAAACUUCUUCGAGGAGUUGAAGAGAGAGAACGCAACAGUCACUGAUGACGUCACCUAAUUGGGAGCUCAAGAAUUGCUGCGAUCGCGACCAGAAAUUCUUUCUCGCUACCGUCGGCAUCUAUUCUCUCGUCAUUCUCGCGUUAUGGAGGACAUUUCUGCUUACACCAUUCAAGCUUAUCACAGUCUUUCUUCAUGAAGCUAGCCAUGCAAUCGCUUGUAAGCUCACAUGUGGAGAGGUCAUGGGCAUGGAGGUUCAUGCCAAUGAGGGUGGGGUGACGCAGACACGCGGUGGAGUAUAUUGGUUAAUAUUGCCAGCCGGAUAUCUCGGUUCAUCGUUUUGGGGAAUGCUUUUGAUCCUGGCAUCUACUGACCUUUUAACUGCGAGAAUUGCUGCCGGAUGUUUAGCAGCCGCCUUGCUUAUCGUGCUCUUCAUUGCCAAAAAUUGGACUCUUCGAGGACUCUGCAUUGGAUUCAUCGUAUUCCUUGCUAUUGUUUGGCUACUGCAAGAAAAAACCACAGUCCGUAUCCUUCGUUACGUCAUUCUAUUCAUCGGUGUCAUGAACAGCUUGUUUUCGGUUUAUGAUAUUUAUGAUGAUUUAAUUUCCCGGCGAGUUAAUUCUAGUGACGCUGAAAAGUUUGCCGAAAUUUGUCCUUGCCCGUGUAAUGGUGUUGCUUGGGGAGUCAUAUGGGGAAUGAUAUCCUUCACUUUUCUCAGUGCUUCAGUUUACCUGGGACUUGUAAUCUUGUCAUGAGAUUCAUGGACUUUGAACUUCAUUCAUGGGGCUGUCUUGAUGUGAUCUGAUUAUUUACUGCACUAACUUUUAGUUUCAUUCUUUUGACCCUUGGUUGGGUUACAUACAUAUUGUUGCUUUGUGUGCAUACAGUUUCAGUGUAGCAAAAAAUUAUUUUGUACUUUUUUUGUGGAUAUGCAAAUUCAAAUCUAGAGUUUCAUCCUUUUUUACA